GGCAUAAAUUUUUUCUUUUUUAGUUAUUUUUAACUUCUUCAUCUGUUCUUUGUCUCUUCUUUUUCUUUUUUUAUUUAUUUAUUUUCUUUAACAAAACUCUUUUUAUACGGUUAUGGAUAACGAAGUUUUUACCUGUCUUUGGCAAGGCUGUACUCAACAAUACUUUGAUGCUGAACAACUUUAUAGUCAUUUGACUAACGAUCAUGUAGGAAGGAAAUCAACUGGAAACUUGUGCCUGACUUGUCAUUGGGUCAAUUGUGAUGUUACAGUGGUAAAAAGGGAUCAUAUUACUAGUCACUUACGAGUUCAUGUUCCUUUGAAACCUCACCGAUGCUCUUACUGUAAAAAGGCUUUCAAACGACCUCAAGACUUGAAAAAACAUGAAAAAAUUCAUACUGAUGAACACUUAUCCAACUUGCGACAUUAUUCUCAACAACAACCUCAACAACCUUUGACUCCUCCAAGACAAGCUCAAUAUGAUGUUGGUCAUCUUAGUCCUUUGAAUCAUGCUUCUCCUCAACACCCUGUAUCUCCUCCUCAAAGUGCUUAUUCUGAAGAUUUAACAAACACUUCCAAUGAAAACGGUGGUGGUUGGCUUUAUGCAAGUGUAUCACCUUCCACUGAUAUGUCUGAUCAAUUCCCUACUGAUCAUCAUCAUCAACCGCAGCAACAACCAUCAUUCUCAUUUGAAUCUCCUGAACAAGCCAUGUCUGGAUUGAUAUUCCCAGUGGACACCAAUGCCAAGGCCGUAUAUAAUGAUGACAUUGCUCAGCGUUUGGACUACUUACAAAAUAUGAUGGAUACAGAUAGCAUUACACCUUCACAACUUAACAUCAAUAUUAGUAGUGAACAACAAUUGGCUGAUAUGAAUGCAUGGCUUGCUCAACUUAGUGAAAGUAUUGGAUCCCCUGGUAUGUUACAGCAAGUAGAUAACAACAACAACAAUAAUAAUAAUAAUAAUACGGUUUUCGACAAUUACAAUGUACUUUUACAAGAUCCAACUCCAUCACCUCCUCAACAACAACAACAUAUGUACAAUGAUGCCAUGAUGAUGUAUCCAGUAGCCAAUGAUGAUAUGUAUGUACGAUCCUUACCGAUACAAUCAUCUACAGAUUUGUAUCAUGAUCAGCAACAACUGAUGAAUCAAAUGGCACAACAACAAGAACAACAAGGAUACCAACAACUUUUGAUGACAACUGGACAACGACAACAUUAUACAUCUAUUCCUGAUAUGGCUCCAAUGUUCCAGCCUGAUGUACGUAGUGCGUUGAACUUUACCAGUGCAAAGGGAUCUGAAAAAUACAAUAAUCCAACCGAUGCCAAGAUUGACAAGAAGGAAUCACAAUCAUACAAACCAACCAAACCAAAUGUGAACACUGAUCAUGUACAAGACAAACAGAAUGUGACAACUAUGAUCAAUGUAUUUGCAAGCUUUGACACCGCAAAAGACAAUAACAAAAAGACAACAUCACGCAGCAUUGAAUCGUCAUCACUGGAUGAUGAAAAGAAGAAGGGAUUGGAAACAAAGGAGGGUAGCAAUGUAACAGAUCUCUUGGUCAGUUUCGACAAUUUAUCUGUAUUGGACAAUGAUGAAAAGGCGCAAUAUCCUACUAAAUCAAAUACAACAAUAACAAAGGUAACAACAGCCAAUGUCAUUGCUUCUUCUUCAAAUGAAAUACAAGAUCGACAUCGAUUAUUAUUAAAACAAGUUGGUAAAUGGAUCAACGAUAUAUAUAAUCAUCAGAAAGCAACAUCAACAACAACAUCAUCAUCAUCAUCUCCUCAAAAUACUGUCAAAGUGAAUUGAUUUGAAUAGGCUUAAAUGUACUGGAUGGCAUUUGGUUUUAGUUUAGUUUAGUUAUUUUUUUCUUUCUUGUUAUUAUAUCAUAUAAAAUAAAAC